CUCGACUAAAGGUCUUCAGACCCUCUCAAUAUGAGUCUUUAGCGGGCGACUAACCUCCACCGGAGUAAACAGAUUGAGGCCUUAACAAACAAAACCUCCACUACCGGAGUAAAUCCGGUACAGAAUAGUGAGUUGGCUCCUCGACUAAAUUCACCAACUCCCUACCUUCAAUCAAGGAUGCUCUAUCAACCUAGGCAGAUAUUCUCAUUCUAGGUUAAAGCAGAAACAACAGGAAUUUGAUCAGGAUUCAUGCCAUUCAAUCAAUCAAACCUCAAUUGAAUAUAAUCAAAUCAUAGAAUCAGUACUUGGGUUCAUACAAUCAAACCUAACAUACAAAUCUAGGGUUCUCCAUACCCAGAUGAAUGGGAGAACUACUCCAUGGAGAAAGAAGCAAAAGCAGAAUCAGACGCGGAAUUCAUACUGUGAAGGAUGGAUUCCUGCUCCUGGACGUUGAUCGGCACUUCUCCAAGCUCAAGCUGGCCUCCAAUGGUGAUGAAGAUCAAGCUAGGGCACUUGGAGACUCUUGUUCGUCACUUUCUCUCUCUAGGAAUCGCUUUGUCUCUCUAAAACUCGAAUCCCCUUCUCUUUUGGCUGAAAUCUGCUUAAAAGGGCAUCACUGGGCAAAGCACGGUCGAGGGCACGGUUGUGCUUUGCUCCAGCCUGCCCGUGUUUUCAGCUCGUGUUUGCCAAACUCAAAUCAGCUCUCGGCAGUAAAAGCACGACCUAGGAACACGGCCGUGUUCUGAUUUAGGUGUGCCCGUGUUUUGGCUCCAGCUCCACCGAAUGACUUCCGAAUGCCCCGAAACUCGAACUUAGCCUUUCCUUUGACACCUGGGACCUGAACUAUGACAAAGUAGCACAACCCGGCGUAAAAUAGGCCAAAAAUACACGACUAUGCCCCUCAAACGGAUAAGAACUAGGGGUGCAAAUACGUGCAAUUACAUCGUUAUCAGUGGGCUAACACGAUAGCAGGCCGAGCCCGACUUCCCGGGAUGGCAACAUCUCUUCGUACCUUAUAUGGAUUUGGAAGGGGUAGAAAUCCGAAGUUGGCGUCCGAAGUUGGCGUUGGAGUCAUCCGUCUGUUGUCCCUCUAUUAGUUUCAAUUCCUCACCGAAGUCUGAAGGAGCGGUAGAAAUCCGAAGUUGCAGCAGGGCGGGUGGAAUUUGGAUUGUUUAAUUUUGUUUUAGGUGGAGACCGGUUGCCAAUGAAGUUGUAUGUAGCUC